AUGCCCUCUGACCUUCAGCCACAGCAGUAUAUAUAGUUGGGGGAGACGAUCAAAAGGCCCCUGGCAGCCAAAAUGAAGUCUCUGGUGUCUGUGUGCUGCUUGCUGUCUCUCCUGGCUCUAUCAGCUGCAGAUCUCCCAGCAGAGCCGUCCAUUCACGAUGAUGAGCUCCAGAUGCAUCUGCAGCUCCAGCAGCCAGAGGGAGACCUCUUCUCCUGCGGGUGUGACACAAAAAAGGAGCACCCAAGCCAGAGUUCCUCUAAUGACACCCCUGCCCCCGAGAGGGCUGUGUGCCAGCCCUGCAAACCCCUCUCAGCUCACGACAAAGGGCCGGGGGCCCCCUUAGAGCACGAAAAAGAGGGAUCCGAAGAAGACAAGGAAGAGGAAGUAGGGAUGGCUGAGGAAAAGAAACCUGAGGAAGGUGAAGAAGGAGCAAUGGAGGAAUUAGCCCAGGUAGAGGAAGUGGAUGUAAGUGAAGAGAAAGAUGCCAAACCAGAACCAGAAGAGGUCAUAGAGCAAGAGCUGAUUCCUGAGUCUGAACCAGAACCCGAGGUCAUCCACCAUGUGGAGCCUGAACCCGCUGCAGAGGAGGAAGCUGUUGUGGAGGACGAGGCCCUGGAAACCACAGAGGAGACUCUUGUAAAAGCUGCUGCGCCGUCUCAAACUAAAGGCCCAACCCUGAGGGAUCGCUCACACAUUGAGAACAUGCUGCGACUGGCAGCUACCGAACCCUCUGCAGAGUUCUCUGGUGCUAUAAAGACGCUGUUGAACAUCUACCACAAAGCAAUCAAGCCAAUGGAGGAAGCCUUCAAGUACAAUGAGCUCAGGCAAUAUGAAGUCACAGAUGCUGAGAUCACCUCCAAGCCCAUGGUUUUGUUCCUGGGACCCUGGAGCGUCGGCAAGUCGUCCAUGAUCAACUACCUGCUGGGUCUCCAUGGCACUAACAAACAACUCUACACAGGUGCUGAACCCACCACAUCUGAGUACACGGUCCUGAUGGACGGGGAGAAGUUCCGCACCAUAGAGGGCAUCGUCAUGGCAGCGGACAGUUCACGCUCCUUCUCUCCCCUGGAGCGCUUCGGCCAAGGCUUCCUGGAGCGACUGGUGGGCAUCGAGAUGCCUCACAAGCUGCUGGAGAGGGUCACCCUUGUUGACACACCAGGAAUCAUUGAAAACCGCAAACAGCAGGAAAGAGGUUAUCCGUACAACGAGGUGUGCCAGUGGUUCAUUGAUCGAGCCGAUCUGAUCUUCUUGGUGUUUGACCCCACCAAGCUGGACGUGGGAGGGGAGCUGGAGAUGCUCUUCCGGCAGAUGAAGGGGCGCGAGUCCCAGAUUCGCCUCAUCCUCAACAAGGCCGACAGCCUCUCCACUCAGGACCUGAUGAGAGUGUACGGGGCUCUGUUCUGGAGCAUGGCCCCGCUGGUCAACGCCACGGAGCCCCCCCGGGUGUACGUCAGCUCAUUCUGGCCUCAGGACUACGCUACGGAAACCAACCGAGGGCUUUUCAUGAAGGAGGAGAUCUCCCUCCUGGAGGAUCUCAACCAGGUGAUUGAGAAUCAAAUAGAGAAUAAAAUCGCCUUCAUCCGUCAGCACGCCAUCCGCGUCCGCAUCCACGCCCUGCUGGUGGACCGCUACCUCCAGACGUACAACGACAAGCUGGGCUGGUUUGGUGACGCGCAUGAGGUGUUCCAAGACAUCGUCAGUGACCCGGACAAGUAUUACAUCUUCAAGUCCAUCCUGGCCAAGACCAAUGUCAGCAAGUUCGACCUGCCCAACAAGGAGGCCUACCAGGACUUCUUCGGAGUCAACCCGGUGUCCAGUUUCAAGCAGCUGGCCCACCACUGCAGCUGGUCCAGCGGCUGUCUGCUGGAGAAGAUCGAGAAAGCCAUUUCACACGAGCUUCCGGCUCUGCUCAGCGGCGUCAACAAGAGUCCAGACACGCCGGCUCCAGCCAAGGCCGCGUCAGGGCCCCCGCCCCCUCUGCCUGGCACCUGCCAGGGUCCCGGGUGUGAGGAGAAACCCAAGAACCGCUGGAGGAAGCAGUGAGAUGAAGAAGAAGAGAAAAAAAACCAGGCUGCAUGAGGAAGAACAGUGGAGGCAGAUGGCAGCAACGGCCAGAGGGUUUCUUGAAAUAACCUCCACUUGUGUGGAUUUGAGGACUGGCUGUGGAACAGACAGAUUUAAUGAGAGAAAAAAAAGAGUAGAAAAUGUGCAAAGAUGUAACUGGCAAACCUCAGCCAGAGAGGACACUAAGAAUAUUUCUUAGUGCUGAAAAGAAUCUGCUGAAUGUACCAAAUGGACAAUUAUACGCUCAACAAGUUUUCAGAUACUUCCAUAUGUCUUCCUCACAACAGCAUCCAUCAUGUGCUCAACGCUCUAUAGGACAUCCAUAUAAAAGAAAUACGUUUUUGAACGAAAUCUUCGAUCACAGCUUUAUGUAUUGUGUAGAUAAAAAGGUUUAUGUCAACUUUCUAUUUGAAACCAUCAGUGUUAAAGUUUGUGCUAAAUAUUUUCAGAGGAAAAAUACUCGGAGCAAACUUUUACAUAAUCUCACAAUAUAUACAUAUAUAUAUACAUUAAAUUUAAGUGUUUUUCAGUGUCAUUCAUUAUUUAUUCUCAUUUUUCAUCAUUCAAUUACAUUUAAUCUCUGUGCUGGUAACACCUGGUUGUCAUCUAAAGCCACAGAGGGUUGGUAGAUUAAAACAGAUAAAGGAUGUUCCCGUUGUGUUUUCUUGCUGUAUUUCACUGUGUUACAGGACGCUGCACAAUAAUUUGACUCUGUAAUGUACUGUACUAUAUACAUUAUAUACACUGUUUUUGUGUAAUUCAAAAACAUUGAUUGAAGCGCUGCAGAACAGACAGAGGAUCAGACAGAUGAUGAUAGAAGACUACAACAAGACAACAAAUCAGCCACCAAGAUUAAGUCUUUUAUUUAGUUUUCCUCAUUUCUGCUCUGUCUCUCCAUAUAUAUAUUAUAUAUAUAUAUAUAUAUAUAUAUAUAUAUAUAUAUAUAUAUAUAUAUAUAUAUAUAUAUAUAUAUAUAUAUAUAUAUAUAUAUAUAUAUAUAUAUAUAUAUAUAUAUAAAAUCAUAACUUCAAUGACAUUAAGGCAUUUCAGCCUUCUUUAACUAGCUGUACCUCGGUGUUGUUGCAUACAAGGGCAUUUCCUUUACUUUGAUGUUUUAGGUCUGUUUUCAAUUUUCAUUUUUUUGUGUGUGUUUGACUUAUUUCGAGUAAACAACAAAAACAAAUCAGCAAACGUGUUUCCUUUAUGGGGCCUGAAAAGCAUCCAGUUCAAAUUGCCUCCGCGGAAGAAUUAUGUGUUUGUAUAUCUUUACAUGUUUGGGUGUUCAGCUGCACAAAAACAAGGACAAACAGGGGGGAAUGGGGGUGGAGAAAUGUAAAACGUAUGUGAGCAAAAAAAAAACCAGUUCUCACAAAAUACACAGCUCGGUACCAUGAUAAAUGAUACAAUUAUAGGCUAAUUGCUCCAUUUACAGUAUGUUAGCAUUGUAUAUGUUUGAACAUGGUAAAUGUGUGACCACAUCAGCAGCAGUAGCAGUUAAUUAUCUUUCAUAACAUCUGGUUUACACGUAUGUGGAAGUCGUAGAUUUUAUUGCCUGUAUCAUAAUAUUUCAUUUCUUAACGGCGGUACAAAGGAACAAAAAUAAUAUUGCACCAGGUCUUAAGAGAUCAAAUAAAUAAAAUCUAUAUUUCUUGA